AUGCAGCAAACCUUGCUUUUCUCUGAUAAUCUUAAGGAUUUGAAGAGUCUGAGGAAUCAACUGUAUUCUGCUGCGGAGUAUUUUGAAAUGGCUUAUACCAAACAACUGCAGAAACAAAUAGUGGAGGAGACAGUGAAAGACUACGCCAUUAAAGCACUGGUGAAUACUGUUGACCACUUGGGCUCUGUUGCAUACAAGAUUAACAGUUUUCUGGAUGAAAAGAUGAUUGAAUAUUCUGCAAUGGAGCGUCGGUUGUGGUGCCUGGAACAGAGACUGAGAACAUGCCAAGACUUUGUUAACUUAGGGGGCCUGUCUCAGCAGUCAAUCGUGUUAGAGGCACCCAAGCACCAUAAACACUACAUCUUUCCAGGAAAGCUUUUUCGUCUAAUACUUGUGCAUUCCUCCCUGAGAAAAUGGCUCAUGUAG